AUGAGUACACAAUCAUCAAAAGUUGGAAGUGUAGGGGAAAAUUCAAUUGGAUGUUCUGGUAGUGGUGAAUCAAAAGGUAAAGGUACCCUUCCUGGAUUUGUUAGUUCUGAACCUCGACAAACAACUCUAAAUUCGACAUACAAAAAAGAUUUACAGGUUGAUGUGAAGCGUAGAGUUGGUCAUUUUAUAUACUCUGCCGCACUUCCAUUUAAUGUUAUGAAUGAUCCUUAUUGGUUGCCUAUGGUCGAGGGCAUUGCAGAAUAUGGAAGAGGGUUCAAGCCUCCUUCAAUGCAUGAGAUAAGAACUUGGAUACUUAAAGUUGAGGUUGAUGGUAUCAACCUAAUAUAUGAGGAGCAUAUAAAAGCAUGGAAAAAAUAUGGAUGCACUAUUAUGUCUGAUGGUUGGACUGAUGGAAAGAAUAGAAGUUUGAUUAAUUUUUUGGUAAAUAGUUCCGCUGGCACUUUCUUUUUGAAAUCUAUUAAUGCAUUAGCUUCUAUUAAAAAUAGGGAAUUGAUCUUUAAAUAUCUUGAUGAUGUUGUUGAUGAGGUGGGAGAGGAAAAUGUAAUUCAAAUUGUCACGGAUAAUGUUUCGAAUUGCAUUAAGGCGGGGGAAAAAAUUAUGGAGACUAGACAUAGAAUUUGGUGGGCACCUUGUGCAGCGCAUUGCAUUGAUCUAAUGUUGGAGGAUAUUGCAAAGUUGAAGAUUUUUUCUGACACAAUUGAGCAAGCUAAGAUGGUUGUGAAGUUCCUUUAUGGUCAUGAGACUAUACUUUCUUUGAUGAGAAAGUAUACAAACGGUAAAGAAAUUCUCCGUCCCGCUGUUACUCACUUUGCUACUUCAUUUCUCACUCUUCAGAGUAUGUAUAAGGUUAAAAUGUCACUUGAACAAAUGUUUGCUUCCGAAGAUUGGGUUAGUUCACCACUAUCUCAAACAACUCAGGGGAAGGUCGUGAAGAGAAUUGUUAUUAAUGAUCCCAACUUUUGA